CAAAUUCUAUAACGAAACAAAUGAUGAUAAUUGAAAUAACGAGUAGAUUAAACAACGCAUCAGUCUUGCCUUCAAAUGAUAGGAUGCAAUUGUUAGUAGUUGUCAGGGCUAUGGUGGACGACAUGAAUCUCGAUUGUGACGAUCCAACUUUGAUCAGUUAUCGAUGUGCAAAAUGUAAAAGGCUAGUUUCAGAUGAAAAAGAGUCCUGUAUGAAUCUGGAAUGUCCGUUUGGAAGUGGGAUAAAAUCUCCAAUAAAUAUAACUAGCAUAAAUGUUUUGGUCAAUCUUAAAGAUGACACUGGUUAUUUAGUCGGAUGUCGCUUGAGGGAUGCAGCCGCAGAAGAAGCAUUCUCCUGCAGUGCUGAUAUUAUGAGGGGAAUGACUCGCGAACAAUUGAAAAACCUCAAGAAUAAGUAUUGCAAAAAGCUGUGCAACGUGCGAAUGCAAGUUAUUGGCCCGUCUACUAAUUUCCAGAGUGCCAUUUACAUCAUACUUGCCAUAAAUGUUAUUGAAAGCGAAGAUGACAAUUAUGAACCUUUAAAUGUUGAUGAAUUGGACCUCAAUAGCUACGAAUAA